AUGGGAAGAGGAAAUCACUCUUCGGUGACUGAGUUUCUUCUCUUAGGAUUUUCUAAACUUCCUGAACUGCAGUUUCUAUUAUUUUUGUUAUUCUUAAUAAUUUACCUGAUAAUCCUAAUGGGAAAUGUCCUCAUUAUUCUGGUCACCACAGUGGAUCACAUUCUCCAAACACCAAUGUAUUUUUUUCUCAGGAAUCUGUCCUUUCUAGAGAUUUGCUUUAAUACCGUCACAGUCCCUAAAAUACUUGUCAUUCUCUCGACUGAGAAUAAGAGUAUUUCCUUUGCUGGGUGCUUUGUCCAGAUGUUCUUCUUUCUUGUCUUUGGGGCUGGUGAAUGUUUUCUGUUGGGUGCAAUGUCUUAUGACCGCUAUCUAGCUAUCUGUAACCCACUGCGCUACCCAAUACUUAUGAACCGACAUAUGUUUAUCUCCCUGGCUGGUGGCUCCUGGUGCUUGGGACUUAUGGUAGCAAUAAUACAAACCAUAUGGAUAUUUAAUUUUCCCUUCUGUGGACCUAAUGGUAUCGAUCAUUUCUUCUGUGACACCCCUCCGGUGUUAGAGCUGGUGUGUGCAGAUACUUAUCUGUUUGAGCUCUAUGCGCUGAUGGGUACCAUUUUGGUCAUUAUGGUCCCAUUCUUUCUCAUUCUGCUCUCCUAUGUCCACAUCAUUUCCACCAUCCUGAAGAUGUCUUCUGCUGAAGGAAGGAAGAAAGCCUUUUCUACUUGUUCCUCCCAUCUCACUGUGGUCACUCUGUUCUACGGUGCCGCUAUUCUAACCUAUCUGCGGCCCAAAACUGGCUAUUCAGCGGAAAGCAAGAAACUGCUGACACUCUCAUAUAUUCUCCUGACUCCCCUGUUGAACCCUCUGAUCUACAGCCUGCGGAACAGUGAAGUGAAAGAGGCCUUGAGGAGAACAUUGUGCCAGAAGACUUUGACUUCUUCGUCAAAGGAAAUUCUGAGUUAA